GUAUUCAUUUCAUAAAAUGCUUGCAAUAAAGAAUCGCAAAAUUGCAUACGGAAACAGUAAAAACGUACAGUAUAACCCCAUAUUGCUGACAAUCUAAUGCGGACGCUGUAGUUUGGGAGGGAUUGAAGAUUCGAUUCGUGGAUCCAACAAAAAUAUUCCCGGAAAAUCUGGGCAAAGCUAUAGUCUGACCGGUACCGGUAUCAUCCAUAAAAGCAAAAGGAUACAGUGCCAAACUGAACAAACAAAAUCAAAACAAGUAAUCCAUCAUGUCCGUCUCUUCCGUAGAACAAACAAUCAACCUUGCUAAGAACCAAGGCAUGGCCCCUGAGUUUGAAUCCUGCCAUGCCUAUGCCGUGUUUCCAAGCAUUACCAGCGUCGCCAUCGGCAUUGGCGGUAAAGGCGGCACAGGCGAAGUCUUUCUGAAGGAUGGCAUGAAGCUCGGAGAUGCCACAUAUGCGGUAGGAACUCUCGGUGGUUUCGGCGCUGAAAACAUCAAACAGAUUGUCUUUCUCGAGAACGCAGAGGCUACACAAAAAUUCACCAGCGGCAAAUUCGAGCUCAAGUACGAUUAUCAUGCGACGAUUGGUGGAGCCAGUGCCGGUGUCUCCGUUGGAACCACUAUUGGUGCACAAGGCAAUGCUGGUGAUGGUGGAAGCCAUGGAGUGGCCUAUAUGAAUGGUGUAAAGGUCGUGGCCAUCACGAGCAAGGGCCUGUACAUUUGUGGACCUAUUGCUGGAGGUGCCUUUGCCGAGUUAGGCGCUGGAAAGUAUAUGUUUACGCCUAUCUCGGCAUAGAGUGUUGGCACCAUUUAACCAGAUGAUUGAUAUCGAAGGCGUGGUGACGCGUAUCGAAUCGAAGCCGUCCUUGAAGGCCAACUUGGAUCUAGUACCUCCCAGGAAGACUUCAGCUUAUUGAUAAAGUUACGAAACCGAUGUGUCACAGAGUAUGCAAGUGUAGGCUCAACGACUGAAUUUGUCAGGACUGAACGAUUGUUUAACUUUCUGUUCUAAAGGUACAUUGCCACAAUGCCAAUCAUAGGGCAACUCUGGGAUGCCCAUGGUGCACUUGCACUCUUCCGCUAAUCUUGCCCCACCUUCCUCCCUAGCUAGAGAGCUCAACUUCUUGACCUCGCU